AUGGAGACCAAAAGCAAAAAGGUAUCAUUGUUAUCUGACUCCGUAGAUUCAAUCAGCUCUCUUCCAGAUGAGAUACUUGCUCAUAUCUUGUCGUUUCUUCCUACUAAACGAGCUGCUUCUACCUCAAUUCUCUCCAAAAGAUGGAGGACUCUGUUCCAUAUCAUGAAUCUUCUCUGCUCAUCUCUCGAUCUAGACGACUCUGAUUUACUCUAUCCCGAGAGCGAGAGACACAGUGAAGACGUAUCUGAUAGCUUCAGAGAUUUCGUGGAUAAAACACUUUCAGUUUGCAACAACAAUUCCUUGAAGAAGUUCUCACUAAAAUUUCAAGAUGAUGAUGUUCACCACAUUGGUCUUACUACUACUAGAAGAUGGAUAUCAAAGGCAUUGGAGCAUGGCCUUUCGGAUCUUGACCUUCGCAUAAAAAUGCCUUUGAUGCACAAGCCACCACCUCUUCUUCCUAACACCCUAUACAUUAACAACACAUUGGUCAAGCUCACUUUAGGAACAGAACUUUGUCUUGGUAAGUCUCCUUGGAAGGAGCUCGAAGAAUUAUACAUACAUCACAUUUACAUUAGAGAUAGAGAUUGUGAAUUCGGCGAUCUUUCAGCACCUCACUUUAUAGACCACGACAACAUCAAGAAACUCACGGUUCACUACAAUAACGGUGUUAAGUCCCCUCGCGUUUUGUUUAUCUACACACCCAGUCUUGUCUACCUCGACUACUCUGAUUAUCUAACUUGUCUCUAUCAAUCGGAGGAUCGCUUCGAUGAUCUUUUAGAAGCCCGCCUGAAUCUUGUUUUCCCACGGAAUGGGAGAUGGGGUUAUGAACACGGCACCUGUUUAAAAAUCGUGAAUUCUAUCUCCAGUCUUCAAAUCCUUUACCUCUCUUCUUCUACUGUUGAGAACUUGGCCACUCUACAUUUUGAGGGUAAUAAGAAAGAAUAUUGGAAAUUGCUUUGCAAUAUGAUUGAAAAAGCUCCAAAGCUAGAAACUCUAGUCCUUAACGGUUUGUGCGGCAUAAGCGAUUGUGGGGUUAACAUUAAUGGUGGCAAUGUGGUGAAGGUGGUUGAGAUACAAGGGUAUAAAGGAAAUCUUGAGGAACUCAACCAAGUGAAGUGCUUCUUGAGAGAAAUGGAGAAUCUUGAAGAGAUGAAAGUGAAUAUUCGUGAUGAGACAGACAACAAGUUGAAACUCACAAAUGAUCUUCUUGCUCUUCCUAAACGAUCAUCCAAAUGCAACAUCCAUGUCUUGUGA